AUGGAAAAAGUUGGGCGUGUGCUUUUCUUUUGCCCCUUUGCUAAGGUGGUUUGGAAAACUUCCCCUUUAAGAGUGAUUAUUUCAGAUGAGUUCCCUCAUUUUUGGAGUCAAUCAUGGUCCCUUCUUGUUGAUCAAUGGUCCAGUAGCCCCCUGAAAGAUGACUUGUGCAGUUUGGGUGCUCUUAUUUGUUGGAACUUGUGGAAGGUUAGAAAUGAUUAUGUCUUUCAAGACAUCCAGAGAGAUGUGGCUGAGGUAAUUUAUCAAGUUAAUGCCGAUUUCUCGGAGUUCAGUGAGGCUUCGAGAUUUAAAUCGAUGUUCUCUCCAAGGGCGGCUCCAGUUCCCUCCUCUUCCUCUCCGUGGACGCCUCCCAUGGAAGGUUCCUUUAAGCUUAAUGUGGAUGCUUCUUUUGACUCUCAAUCGAAGGUUUGUGGAGGCGGUCUUAUUCUAAGAGAUUGCAAGGAGCUUGCUGAAGCAUUUGUUCUCCGUGAAGGUAUUCGGCUGCUCCGACGUUGUGGUUAUGUUAAUGUGGUGGUGGAAAGAGACUGCCAGAAUGUCAUGCGAAGGUCCCCUCAGGCUCCCCUUGUUGCAGUGGUCCUUGAGGAGUUUCUCAUAUGCUUAGUGUCUCUCCUGGUUUUGGUCUUGCUUGGACCCCUAGGUCUUGUAAUGGUGUCGCUCAUGCUUUGGGUAAACAUGAUCAUUUCUCUUCCUGGUUGA